CGUCAAAACAAAACCAUCGCAUCGCAACGGCAAAAUCGUGAAAAAAAGAUCGUGAUGUGGACAAGUUUUUAUAAAACUAAUCUAUUUUAAAAAUUAGCAUUGAAAAGGGUGAAAUUUUGCUUGCCUUCGUCAAAACUCAUCAUUAAAAAUGUCGUCAGCCACAGUUCCGCUGCUUGACGAUACCGUACCCUUCGGCGACGAAGAGGAUCUCAAUCCCAACGGAACCCCGAAACGGUUAAGCCACCCGUACGUGACUUUUUUCCACGUAUUUUUCCGCGGAGCCGCCCUGGCCACGUACCUUUUCUGGACCCUGUUCAACGAUUCCUUCAUCAAGUGUUUCCUGCUGGUGGUGUUUUGGCUGUCGGCCGACUUCUACCUGGUGAAGAAUCUGAGUGGCCGGCUGCUGGUGGGAAUGCGCUGGUGGAACUACGUGGACGAUGACGGCCGGUCGCACUGGGUGUUCGAAUCGAAGAAGGGCGAAGCCGGGUACGAGUCGCGGGUCAAUCCGCACGAGGCGCGCAUUUUCUGGACCGCGCUGGUGGUGUGUCCCGCCGUGUGGGGACUGUUCUUCGUGGUGGCGCUGUUCGGGUUCAAGUUCAAGUGGAUGCUGCUAGUCAUGAUUGCCCUAUCCCUAAACGGAGCUAAUUUAUACGGAUACAUUAAGUGCAACUUCGGAGCCAAUGCCAAUCUCAAAGCUACCACAACCGAUUUCGUCCGCAGCCAAGUGCUCAAGAAUGCCGUCAAUCUAAUGAGCCAGCCAAGCACCAGCUCGGCACCGCGAGGCAACACUACUGUAGCUUAGAAUUUGUCACUCUGAUCUCUGUGCAAUAAAUGUAACGCAUUCCGUUGUA